AUGGCGACAACCACAAUCAGAAAAGUCAUGAUUACCGAGUUCGGUGACGCGUCCAAGGUCCGAGUGAUUCAGGACACCAUCGGCCCUCCUCCGGCCCACCAUGUCCAAGUUGCGCCCAUCUACUCCGGCUUCUCGGGAUCCGAUAUCAACAUGCGCAAAGGCGUCUACCCGAGACAGAAACCAGCUCCGUUGUCACCGGGUUACUGCCUCACUGGCACGGUGAAAGUCAAUGGUCGUGGUGCCUCCAAGUUUUCUCCGGGCGACGUCAUCCUUGCCUUGACCAUGUACGAUGCUGAGGCAGACCUAGUCAAUCUCCCCGAAAACCUUCUCAUUAGAGUCCCUUCGGGUCUGGACCUGCAGCAGGUCACCGCCCUCAUCGUGGACUGGAGCACGGCAUACGCCAUGGUUUACGACUGGGCCAAGGUUUCCAAGGGCGACCGCGUCUUCAUCCACGGAAUCAGCGGGGCUGUCGGUUCCGCGCUGAUGAAAUUUUGUCAGCUGCAGGGCGCCGAAAUCUACGGCACCGCCUCGGAGCGGAACCACGAAGCUAUUCGGGCUCAAGGAGGUAAACCAUUCGUGUAUACCAAUAAGGACUGGAUGAAGGCGAUGAAGGACUUGGGAGGCGCCGAUGCCGUGUUUGAUCCACUCGGUUUCGAGAGCUACGAUGAAUCCUUUUCAAUCCUGUCCAAUACGGGUAUUCUGGUUGGAUACGGCGGUAACUUGCAAUCGCUCAAUGAGGGGGUCGAGCCGCGGUCUAUUUGGAUGCCAACGAUUAAACUCAUGGCUCGCGGUAUGGUCCCAUUUUGUGGCAAGCGGACAAAGUUCUACUACAUCUCCUCCGACGACGCCACAUUUGAGCCGAAUUUGAAGGCAAUGUUUGAUCUCAUCCGUGAAGGUAAAAUCAGGGUGCCCAUCAAGCAUGUCUGGGAGCUUAACGACAUUCAGGAGGCACAUCGGCAGUGGACAAACAGUACAGGUGUUGGAUCAUCGCUUAUUCGGGUGUCACCUGAACCCAGAAACUGGUGA